AUGUCUGGCUAUCUGUCCAUGAUAGGCUGGGCCUUUCUUCCAAGCCUUGCAACAGGCUGGCUUCAGUCUAUUUACUACGGUUUUACCAUUCGCGCCGGCGAUCCCAAGCCUGCGCCCGGCUCAGCCCGUUACAACGCCCACCGACGAAACAUUCACAUCCUCGUCGUCGCUGCCUACCUCUGCUACACCAUCUUCGAAGCCGACUACGAACAACGUCGCAUAUCCUCCUACUAUGCUGACCUCGGCGUACCCCUCGAUGCUGCCGAUCGCGAGAUCAAGACGCGCUUCCGUCGACUGGCUGCUAUGCACCAUCCCGACAAGGCAGGCAAGGAUGCCGGUGACUCUGCAGCCUUCUUUAUGCAUCUGAAGGUUGCUAGUGAUACGCUGCAGGAUACUGCGAAGAGAUUCGCUUAUGAGCGCUUUGGUCCUGAGAUUGCGCGCUGGCAGAAAUGCACCACUAUCAGAGACUUUGUCACCCGGGGCGUUAUCUCUGGCAUCCUGCCUCACUACGCUGUUGCUGCUGCGUCCAUCUAUGUUCUGGGCCUGUUCGGUUAUAUGGAAUUUGGCAAGUACUACCGAUGGCUUGUUCUCAUCGCUUUGUGUGUAUUUGAGCUCCAGGCAGUUACGCGCCCCGAUUUCCCGCCGUUUGUCAACGCCAUCAACGCUCUUCUCGCACGAUUCACCUCUCUGCCUCCAUACCUACCGUUCCAAGUCAUCUCACUCGCCCGAAGGUUGACGAUCACAUUCUACAUUGCUCUUAAUCAGAUAGGCCCACUUGUUGCCGUAAUGAUUACUGGACCAGAGAAGUCUGAGGAGCAAGAUGAGAAGGCCCUUCGCCAAAGCUUGAACCGACUUGAAAUGCUGGCCAAGCAACUCGAUGGCGAUGCUUUACGGCUAUUGGAUAUGGAAAUGGCUCCUUUCAAGGGCGAUGCCGAAGCAACGUCCAAUUUGCAAGGCAAGAUGAGAGAGUGGCUUGUGCAAAACACUAUUAGAGCGGACCCCAUGGUUAGAGAUGCAAUGGGGACAUCGCUAAGGAAGAGGAGAGUCGAUGCACCGGCGGGCGCAAAAGGAACUCGAUAG